UCCAUUCCCGAUUCUCUAGCUUCAUUACUGAGUUUCUGUAAAGAUUAGUUGAGCUUUAUUACAAAAAAAGGUGUGAUGACAGCUUAUAUAGAACUUUAGAAGAGAAGCUCGGAUGGUGAGGGGACCCAAUUCAGUGGUUUAUAAAUUUAAUUUGAGAGAUGGGUCGUUCUGAAUUCUUGAUUUGCGUUUGAAUCGUGGAAGGAACCUGCAAACGAUGAGGCGACGGGCGACCGAGCAUCGGCGCCCUGUCCGAAGAAAGUUUUCUUGCUGGAUCUGGGGAUUCUUUGGGUUGUUCUCCGUCGCGGCUUUGGUUCUUUUUGUUGUGCAACACAAUCACCAUGAAUACCCCACCGUCAAAAAGCCGACACAGGAGAAGAAUGAAGAGUUCGAACUUGAUCGACAUGAGAGCUUAAAUUUUACUGAAGAAAUAUUAAGUGUUAAGUCAUUUGCAAGGCAAUUAGGUGAACAAAUGAUACUAGCCAAGGCUUAUGUCAUUAUUGCGAAAGAACACAAUAACCUUCACCUUGCUUGGCAGCUCAGCUCGAAAAUCAGGCAUUGCCAGCUCCUUCUCUCACAAGCUGCCAUGAGAGGGAAACCCAUCACAUUGGAAGAAGCAGAACCAAUAGUUAGAGCCCUAUCUUCACUAAUCUACAAGGCACAAGAUGCGCAUUAUGACAUUGCUACCACAAUCAUGACAAUGAAGUCCCACAUCCAAGCCCUUGAAGAUCGUGCAAAUGCUGCUACAGUGCAGAGCACAGUUUUUGGGCAAUUCGCUGCAGAGUCUCUACCGAAGAGCAUCCACUGUCUGCAUGUCAAACUUACAACUGAUUGGCUUGAAAAUUCUGCACUACGGGACCUUGCAGAAGAGAAGAUUAACUCCCCUCGGCUCGUGGAUAACAACCUUUACCACUUCUGCAUAUUCUCUGAUAAUGUUCUGGCUACCUCCGUGGUGGUUAACUCCACUGUCUCCAAUGCCGACCAUCCUAAGCAGCUUGUUUUCCACAUUGUCACAGAUAAGAUGAGCUAUGGAGCAAUGCAGGCAUGGUUCCUUGGUAACGACUUCAAAGGCUGUACCAUUGAAGUACAAAACAUUGAAGAGCUCUCUUGGUUGAAUGCCUCUUACUCUCCAGUUCUGAGGCAGCUCCAGGAUGCAGAGGCAAGGGCUUACUACUUCAAUGAUCCUCAAGAUUCAAAAGGUGAAGUGAAGUUCUGGAAUCCUAAGUAUAUAUCUUUGUUGAAUCACCUCCGUUUUUACAUCCCAGAAAUAUAUCCUUCACUGGAGAAGGUGGUUUUUCUGGAUGACGAUGUUGUUGUCCAGAAGGAUCUGACCCCACUUUUCUCAUUGGAUUUACAUGGGAAUGUGAAUGGAGCAGUGGAGACUUGCCUUGAGGCAUUUCAUCGUUUUUACAAAUACCUCAAUUUCUCCAAUCCAAUCAUCAGCUCAAAGUUUGACCCGCAGGCCUGUGGAUGGGCAUUUGGUAUGAAUGUUUUUGAUCUGAUUUCGUGGAAGAAAGCAAAUGUGACUGUCACAUAUCACUACUGGCAAGAACAGAAUGCUGACCGGUCUCUCUGGAAGCUGGGAACCCUUCCCCCAGGCCUUUUGACAUUUUAUGGACUGACUGAGCCACUUGAUCGGAGAUGGCAUGUGUUAGGAUUGGGUUAUGACUUGAACAUUGACAAUCGUCUAAUUGAGAGUGCAGCUGUUAUUCACUUCAAUGGGAACAUGAAGCCAUGGCUAAAGUCGGCUAGUGGCAGGUACAAGUCUCUAUGGAAACGGUAUGUAAAUCAUACACAACCAUUUCUCCAAGAUUGUGUCACAAGUUAAAAGUUGAGUUGGCUUCUCUUCUGGAUCAAUUUGACCUAAUCUUCUGUACAAUCAACCUUUACUAUGCUCAUACUCCCAAUCAAUUGUCAGAUUCUUGUAGAGUCAAAAUGAAAGUCUAGCUUUAUUAGAAGCAUUUUCUUUUCUUUUUGUUUC